AUGGCCACCGGCGAUCUCGCGCCAUCUGGCUCCAAGCCAACCGAAGACCUUCCCGUCCGUCCCAAGCAGGACACCUUCGACAUCGUCAAGACAUAUCACGACCUCCUCCAAGACCCAGAUCUGACAAAACCUGUCGCCGCAAUCGAGGCCCUCAUCACCCUCCUCAACGCCUCCGGCACGACCACAGUCUACGAAACCCUCGACCUCGUCAAGCGCCACUCCGACAUCCUCCGCGCAUCCGUCAACAACCCCGUCCCCCUCCAGGCCGGCACAGACCUCUUCCUACAGUACCUCGUCUCCUCGCUUAAGCAGCAGGAGUCCGGCGCCGCAGACACCUCCCCCCACCAGUCCUUCGAGGCCGUCCGCACCCAUCUCCUCCGCAACGGCCGCCUGUUCGCCUCCCGCGCCAUCGCCGCCCGCGACAGAAUCGCCGACGCCGGCUGGCGCUUCGUGCGCGACGGCAAGGUCGUCCUCACCCACGGCGCAUCUCGCGCUGUGUCCAAUGUGCUGUUCAAGGCCGCGGACCAGUUCGGAGGCGGCGCGAACGGCGGUGGUGUGCGGUUCAAGGUUGUGUACGUCCGCGACGAGCACCGCGUCGCUGAGUCGGACCGCGUCGUGAAGGAGCUGCGAGAGAAGGGCAUCCCCGUGGCUGAGAUUGCCGAGCCGGCUGUGGCGCACGUGCUGGGGCUGCUGAGGCAGGUGCACAUGGUCUUCGUGGGCGCCGAGGCCGUCACGCAGAACGGAGGCAUCAUCUCUAGGAUGGGCACUUACCAGAUUGCGAAGCUGGCCAAGGAGGCAGGGCUGCCGUUCUACGUUGCCGCCGAGUCGCACAAGUUCGUGCGCAAGUUCCCGCUCGACCAGAGGGAUCUGGGAUUCCAGCAGCAGGUGCUGGACUUCAGGACUGACGGGUCGAGUGUGCAGCCGGAAGACGCUGUCGAUUACACUCCCCCUGACUUUAUUUCGAACUUGGUUACAGAGAAUGGCGUCAAGCUGCCUAGCUACGUCUUUGAGCAGCUGCUCGACAUCUACGGAAGCUUGAACGGUUGA